AGCGGGAGGACCCCGAGGGGAAGGGCGCCCCCCCUUGGGGCCCCUCCGCUCGCUCCCGCGGGUGCCGAGGUUGCCAUGGCCGCAAUGCUGCUGCCCUGGGCCUUCCUGGUGGCGGCGGUGCGGCCUGGCCUGUCGGCCGACCUCGUGUUGAGCUACAUACAGGUGCCGACGGGAGACAUCCGGAUCGGCCAGGAGUUCACGGUGAAGGUCUGGAGAAGCGCGGGCGAGUUCGACAACGGCGGGGACAAGAUAUUGCUAUCCCCGAAGGGCGUCAUGUGUGGAACAGAGGACUCGUUGCCACUACCAGGCUACCUCGCCCAGGACUACGUCGAGGAAGGGAAUCUGGCCAAGCGCGCCCACUUGCCGCCUGCCGUCGAAGGGGGAAGAGCGAUGCAUUGAGAGCUGUCCCGCCCAAAGUGGUCGCAUGCUUUGCAGGCGCUGGCGCGCAUACUUUGACACACUCGUUUGCGCGAGCUGCCUCGUGG